AUGUCCAACGGUGAUACCACGAAACCUCCGAAAAAGAUGACCAACGAGCCCUAUAAACCUUCGUCGGCGGAUUUCGCCAACUAUUACGAGAAUUUCAUGCCAUAUAAAUCGAUCUUUCUAUGGCUUAAUCAUUCUCAAGCUCCGCAGAACGAUUUCACCCAUAGGGAAUUUGCAUUUGAGUAUAAAUCAGGAGCAUAUCAGCGAUACAAUUCGUUUGCAAAUGCGCAGGAAUUCAGGAAUACGGUAGUAAAAGCACAACCGGUGAGAUUUGAAGUCGGUGCAGUGUAUCCAAUUGAACCUAAACUAAGGAAAAGCGUGUCUAAGAACAUGAUGAAGCCUUUGAUGAAAGAGUUUGUUCUCGAUAUUGAUCUUACAGAUUAUGAUGACGUCAGAACAUGCUGUUCCGGUACCAAGAUCUGUCCGAAAUGCUGGAAAUUCAUUACUUUAGCCAUUAAAAUUGUGGAUGCAGCACUUCGAGAGGACUUUGGAUUCCAGAAAUUGAUAUGGGUCUUCUCUGGAAGAAGGGGUGUGCAUUGUUGGAUCAGUGACUAUCGUGUGAGGAUUUUGGACGAGCCCAAAAGACGGGCAAUAGUGGAAUAUUUGGACAUUUUGAACGUGAAAUCCAAGAAUAAAUCUGGAAUUGCCCUAAGAAAGCCAUACCAUCCGCAUGUAGAGAGAUCAUUUGAAAUUCUUAGGGACCAGUUUGUCGAUAUAAUUAUUAGAGAGCAGGAUCCAUGGCGUCUUGAUGAUCGAUACCAAGAUUUGGCCAGAUCUGUUCCUGAUUACAGACUCAGUUCGGCUCUUUUGAAGCAUUGGAAAGAGGACCCUGGUAGUUCUAGUGCGUCCAAAUGGAGGGAUGUAGAUACCUUGUAUCAGCAGUUGAAGAUUAAGUCAUUUGACAUCCAGGAUUGGAAACGUGAGAUGAUUUUUAAGACUAUGUAUCCAAGAUUGGAUGUUGAGGUGUCUAGGCAGAUGAUUCAUUUACUUAAGAGUCCAUUCUGUAUUCAUCCUGGAACCGGUAAUGUAUGUGUUCCCUUUGAUCCUUCAGUGCGAGAGUUUGAUCCGUUCACCGAUGCCCCAAAUUUAUCACAGCUAUUUAAUGAGGAUGAGACUAAGUGGGAAAAUACCUCUUUGAAGGCUCCAAUAGAGUUGUUCAACAACUACGUGAAUCAACUAGUCAACGAUGAGGUUAAGGAAAAGAGGACCAGGGAUGAAGUUAAGGACAAUUUGGAGUUCUAG